AAUUUAGAACCUUCAACAUGAUUUGAGAAAACAAAACAUAAUAACCACCGAACGACAAAAUGUCCGACAACUUUGGGAAGAGAAGGACAAGUAGAUUUUCGUCAAAGUCUGUGAAGAAAACUAACAUAUUAUCUGGAGACGACGUGAAUAUUAAUCUACUGUGUAAAACGUGCAAGUCAACUAAUACGAUCAACCAUGAUUCAGACAUACAAAUAAAACGGAAAUUAUCUUUAAAUGUUUUUAAACGUAGAAAGCCUACUGAGGAAAACAAAUGUGUUACGGAAAUAUUUUCAGAAACUGAUAUAAGAAUUGUUAUCAGUGCUGCAUCUAAAGGUAAUCUUGAAGAGUUCCAACGUCUGUAUGAAAGUGACACAAAUCGUAUCCAUAUAAAAGAUGCAAAGGGAAAUACACCUAUCCACAAGGCGGCGGAAGCAGGGCGGAUCAAAAUACUUGAAUUCAUACACGAGAAGGGCGGAGAUCUUAAUACAUUUGACUCCCAUCGCAACACGCCGCUACAUUUAGCGGUAAAGAAUGACCAAUCAGCUGUUGUCACGUUUCUUCUUGACCAUGGUGCGGACAGUACACUACUGAAUGAUGAUCAUCUUGCCCCAAUACAUCUUGCCGUGGAUGUAAACGCCAGGAAAGCUUUAAAGGCGUUACUUGCCCAUGCAAAUGUAGACCCCAACUUAAAGGGUGAAGGUGGUAUGCGGCCUCUGCAUUACUGUGCAUACAAAGACAGAGAUGAGUGUGCUGUUAUACUGCUUGAGCAUGGAACAAAGCCGUGUAUAAAAUGUGACAAUGGAUUCUUUCCUAUUAACAUAGCCGGCAAAUGUGCAUCUGCUAAAACUUUAGAAAUUCUAAUUAAACAUGUGGAAUCUUUAGGUUAUAAAAGAGAGGACGUAUUAAGCUUCACCGACAAAGAAAACAACAUGCCGCUACAUUGUGCUGUCAAUAGUGGUGAUCUCAAGGCUGUAAAGGUGUGUCUAUCAGCAGGUGCCCCUGUUGAUGCCAAACAGGUUAGUCACAACACAUUGGAGGAGGACAAUUCUACACCCCUGCACUUUGCGUGUGCCCAGGGCAGCAUUGACAUGGUGAGAAUGAUGCAGGAGAUGCAGCCAGAGAGAUUCGGCAUUGCAAUUAAAUCACCAGAUGUCCUUAAAAUGACACCAUUACAUAGAGCUGCACUGUUUGACCACGUCUCUGUAGUGGAAUUUCUAAUAGCACAUGAUGCUGAUAUAAAUGCACAAGAUGCACACGAACGGACACCAUUGCUUCUAGCGUCAUCUAAAGGUGGAUGGAGAACUGUGAACUUUCUUCUAAAACAUAAUGCAGACAUCAAAAUUAGAGAUAAGGAAAAUAGAAACUUUCUUCAUCUGGCUAUUAAAUAUGGUGUGCCAAUUGACAGCUUCGGUUGUGCUGUUUUAAAGGACUUAAAGAACUUGUUAAAUGAACGGGACAAUUUUGGAUGUACACCGUUACAUUAUGCCUCCAAAGAGGGUCAUCUUGUUGCCAUUGACGACCUCAUAAAACUGGGGGCAACAAUCAACCCUAAAGACAAUGACAAAAAAUCUCCACUGCAUUUUGCAGCCAAGUAUGGCCGUUACAACACGUGUAGGCGACUGUUGGACAGCGAGAUGGGCCCAAACAUUAUAAAUGAGACGGAUGGGGAUGGUCUAUCUACCCUACAUAUCGCCUCACAAAAUGGACAUACUAAGAUUAUCACUCUUUUAAUGCAGAAAGGAGCAUACGUUACGAAAGAUAACAUGGACAAUUCACCGCUUCAUUUGGCUGCAAGCAAUGGGUAUACAAGGAGUAUGAAGCUGUUAUUGACUGUAUAUCCGAACCUUUUAGAUUGCUGCAAUAAAGACAAGGAUACGGCGCUUCAUCUGGCAUCCCGUAAAAAUCAUCCGUCUGCUGUAGAAUUGCUGAUGACAGUUGGCGCUGAAUUCACGCGCAAUACGGCAGACGAUACUUUCAUGGAUAUUGCGAUUAGAGACAGACACACGGAAGUUGCUUUUUCUGUGAUAAGACAUGAUAGGUGGGAGGAGGUUAUGAAAUUGUGUUCAAAGGAGUUUGGUACACCAAUGAACGGUCUUGUACAAUGUCUACCUGAUGCUUGCAUGGCUGCUCUUGACAGGUGUAGAACAACCUCCAAUCAUGACAGGCGGAGUCCAGAUCUAUCAGUCCAUUACAACUUCAAGUAUCUACAGUGUCCACUACGUUAUGUCAAAGGAAAAGAAAAAGUUGUAAAACAUUUUACGCCAAUGCUUGCCUUGAAUACUAUGGUACGUCAUGGCCGUGUACAAUGUUUGUCUCAUCCUGUAAGUGAGGCUUAUUUAAAUAUGAAGUGGAGGGCAUACGGCUCAUGGUUCCAUAUUUCUAAUCUAGUCUUCUACUUGAUUUUCCUGGCUUUGUUUACCGUCCUAGUCACAACUUGUACCUUUUCAUUCAGAGAUGCUUCAUCAAAAAACAACAGUACAAUAAACGAAACUGACAAUACUGCACAUAUAAAUACAUGUCAUUUUAAGCCAUUGCAUAAAGUGAGUGUGUAUUUUGUGCUGAUAUUUUGCUCGUUAAACAUGCUGAAAGAAAUAGUACAGUUAAUACAACAGAGGAAAAAAUAUUUUCGAGAUUUCACAAACGCCAUAGAGUGGGUAUUAUAUGGAUCGGCAAUAGUUUACAUCAUCCCUUUCAUAGGCGGACGAACAGUUAGCUGGCAGUGGGAGGCCGGUGCAAUAGCUGUGUUUUUGGCCUGGUUCAACUGUCUUCUAUAUCUACAAAGAUUUGAUUUUUUCGGAAUCUAUGUGGUAAUGUUCCUGGAGAUAUUACGGACACUAGUACAGGUACUAUGUGUCUUCUCUAUCCUACUGAUAGCGUUCAGCAUGGCGUUCUUCAUGCUCCUCAAUAAAGAGACAAACAACGCGUUUUCCACGCCCGGGUUGUCGUUGUUACGGACAUCUAUGAUGAUGUUCGAGCUGGACUUUAUGGCGAGUUUCAGUGACCCGUACACGGACGAUGACAGUAAAUCACUGUACUUCGGCGGCGCCACCAUUUUCUUGCUCGUUAUAUUUGUACUUCUCAUGCCAAUACUACUGAUGAACCUUCUGAUUGGUUUGGCUGUCGGUGAUAUUGAAUCAGUACAGAAGAACGCUACUCUGAAGCGCCUUGCCAUGCAGGUUGAGCUACACACAGACUUGGAACGUAAAUUGCCCUUUAAGAUUUUGGAUGUGGUUGAUAAAGCCGAAUAUACUUUCUAUCCGAAUAAAUGCAUCGGGCAUCUAGAAAAGAUAUUUUCCAAGAUGUCGUUUCUCGGAGAUAACUUUGAAGGAGACGCUGAACGAACGCUCUCACAUAAUGCUUUGGUGUAUGAAGAAAUGUACAAACAGAAAAAGAGAAUAAAGGACAUUUCCUCACACCUGGACAAACAGUAUGAGUUACUUCGCCUGGUCGUACAGAAGAUGGAAAUUCACACCGAAGAUGAGAAUAGAGACGAGGGAUAUUCGGAAUCAUUUGACGUGCCUAACAACCUACAGAAAGCCUCCAAAUGGGCCCCAGCUAGGCAUAAUCUCGUUCGUCAGUCAGCAGUAGUUUCCCAGUGGAAACAAAGUAUGAGCGUUCACUAAACGCUGUUACUGAACAGUUUGCAUUACCAUGUUUGAUUUGAACAGUUUGCUGUUAAAUUGCCUCUAUAACAUGUGCAUAUAUGGCUGCCUCUGUAUUGUUACAUGUACAAAGUGUUUCGGAAGCAAUACUUUUUGCAGGAUUCGGAUAUGAAGUAUAACGUCUCGUCUUAAGAUUCAAUUUGAUGUCAUGUUUUAUGUUUUGUAUGACAUUUGAUGGAUACGUUAUUGUAUUCUUAACAGAUUAAUUAUUAUCAAUGAAGGUAGCUGUGCUAUUAGAACGCUUAUUAAAGUUGUCAAGGAAUCAAGUGCCUGUCGUAUAACCAAAUCCAAAAACUUUAUUUUUACGUCAGACAAGAAAAAAUGGCUCCAAUUCUAUAUCACAAUUAUAACAAGGAUCUCAAAUAAUGUUUGUUUGUACAUUCUUUAAUAAAUUCUUUUUAUUUCGUA